AUGUUUACGGGCGUUUUGAGAGGCAGACUUGGCGGUUGGAUAGGGGUAGGAGGGGAACUCGGUGUCCGUAUCCUGCACAGCGAAACAGCUGACGUCAAGAGGCUGGAGGUGUUGCGACGAGUGCGGAGGCAUGCACUCUGUAAGGAUCCGAGGUUCAGUACAGAAUUUGUCGAAUUCAGGCGUCGAAUGACUUCCAUGACCAUCGAGAAUAAGAAGCCGAUAUCGACCAACAGUUCGGUUUCGAGUUUGUGGCUCGAAGACCUCUCGAAGCCACUCGAAAAUAAUCAAUGGAUCAAGUGCCCAACCAGUUGCGUUGAUGCAUUCAAUGACUGUCAUCCACUCUCGGUUCCCUGGCUGAAUAACAACAUGUCGGUUCCGUCGGUCAGACCGAGUAACCACUUUAGAUGUACUUGCAACACCCAUCUGGAAGCCGGUCUCGUCAAAGUUGUAGAUAUCCACGUCGAGAACUCCGUACUCGUUGAUCGUCUUUUGCACCCGUGCAAACCACGCUGA